UUGUUAAAAUACAAAUAUAUCUGAUUCACCAUGACGGAAGUUAAUCCAGUUCGCAGUCUACGAACCGAGGAAACCCAGAAAGUUCCACCACAAAGAUUCUAUCUGUUUGAGUUGAAGGCAAAGGCACUUCACCACCUCGUCUCUGUUUCUUGGAGAAACAAUGGAGUCGACGAUCUUUAAACACGAAGAAUACGACCGUGAAAGUGAUCUGAAAGCUUUCGACGAUGCAAAAACCGGCGUGAAAGGCCUCGUUGACGCCGGCAUCGUCGAGAUUCCCCGCAUUUUCCGACACCCAUCUGCUAACUUGAUCGACGCGAAACCACUUUCCUCUGUCUCACCCCCACAGCUGACGAUCCCCACCAUAGAUCUUGACGGGAUGCUUCACGGAGACUCGAAUACCCGCAAGAACCUGGUUGAUAAUAUCAGAGAAGCUGCAGAGAAAUGGGGUUUUUUCCAGGUGAUUAAUCAUGGGAUUCCUUCCCAUGUUCUUGAGGAGAUGAACGAUGGGGUUGUCAGGUUUCACGAGCAAGACCCUGAGGUGAAGAAAGGGUUCUACACUCGUGAUCCCACCAAGAAAGUUGUCUACAACAGUAAUUUCGAUCUGUAUAGCUCUCCUGCUGCGACUUGGAGAGAUACAUUCGGUUGCUAUCUGUCUCCAGAUCCUCCCAGGUUGGAAGACAUGCCAACCACUUGCAGAGACAUAAUGAUGGAGUUCGGGAAGGGAGUGAUGAAAGUUGCGGAAUUGCUGUUUGAGCUUCUGUCUGAAGCUCUUGGUUUGAUGCCAAACCAUCUCAAAGACAUGGAUUGCGCAAAGGCUUUGCUGAUGCUUUGCCAUUACUACCCCCCAUGUCCACAGCCUGAUCUUACUUUAGGCCUAAGCAAGCAUUCCGACAAUUCUUUUCUCACAGUUGUUCUUCAGGACAACAAUGGCGGCCUUCAAGUUCUCCAUGGUGACAACUGGGUCGAUGUUCCUCCUGUUCCUGGUGCCCUUGUCGUUAAUGUCGGAGAUCUUCUACAGCUAAUAACAAAUGACAAAUUCAUAAGUGCGGAGCAUAGGGUAUUGGCGAAAAGAGGUAAUGGACCGAGGACUUCAGUGGCAUGUUUCUUCAGCACAUACCUGAUGCCGAACUCAAGAUUGUACGGUCCCAUGAAAGAGCUUGUGUCCGAACAGAAUCCUGCCAAGUACAGAGACACCACAAUCACAGAGUUCGCUGCUUACUACAGGGCUAAAGGGCACGACGGGACCUCUGCUUUGCUCCACCUCAGGAUCUGAAAAAAAAAAACACAAUGUGUUGGAUGCAUUUGCUAGUUUGUUUUUGAUCGAUUUAAGUGGGAUGUUUUACUCUGCUCUCUUUCCAUUUCAUCUUUGAUCUUCAGUUUCAAAUCGGGGAUUCCUUCUCGCC